AAGAGCUUCAACACAAACAAGUGAGCUCACUUCUUAUCUAAGUGUUCGAGCCAAAGAGAAGAAAUCAGAAUGACGACAACUAUUGAGGUCGAGACUUCCAUCCCGGCCAGCCGUAUGUUCAAGGCCGCUGUCCUUGAGUGGCACAAUCUCGGCCCAAAGAUCGUUCCAGAGCAUAUUAAGAGCAUUGAUCAUAUCCAUGGUGAUGGCAGUGCCGGAAGUAUCAGGCAAAUCAACUUCACUCCAGUGUUGCCUUUUCCCUUUGCUAAGGAGCGUCUUGAUUCAAUUGACCAUAACAAUUUUGAGGUCAAAAAUACCACCAUUGAAGGUGGAGAUGUGGGAACUAAAUUAGAGUGUAUGUCCACACAUUCAAAAUUUACACCAACUAGCAGUGGAGGAUGUAUUGUCAAAGUAACCACAACAUUCAAAGUCCUCCCUGGAGUCAAGCCUGGUGAUGAGGAAGCAAAGGCAAAGGAGGGGAUCACCAAAGCUAUCAAGGCUACUGAGGCUUAUCUCUUGUCACACCCUACCAUUUGUGCUUAACUUGCCUUCUUGCAUCAUAUAUACAUCUUGGUGUUGUUUAAACAUCAUCUAUAUAUACAUCCUACAAUAAGUUUGAAGGCAAUUUUAUUUGAGUGUUUGUGUGAGGAUUUGUAUGGCUUCUUGUUGAGCCUUUUUUUUUUAAUUUCUUGUUUGGGCAAGCUUGUCCCUGUUCCUUGUUCACAAUAAAUAAUAUGUGUGCCUUUAUUUGGUAUGAAUUGAAUUAUAUUUGCA